AUGUUGCAUUUCGCCCUCACGCAGACUUGCCAUUCAAUCGACUAUUACGAUGAAAUAGCAGUGUGGGGUUAUAUAUUCUAUCCGCGGACCUACUUGAUUGUUGAAAUGGAAAAUUUCAUCAACAGUGAGCUGCGAAACUUUUCUGUGUACGAGCAGGAAAAGCUUAUCAUAAGACCGUCUCGUCUCCUUCAGAAAGUCUUCAUCUACAUUGAUGUAUUAGAAAGUCUUUCGCGAUACAUAACGAUCGACGUUCCCAGGAUCAUACGAACCGUCCUUCUUCAGCAGUCGCAAAUGAUCGAUGCGUCAGGAGCAGAAACCUACACUUGCCACUACAUAAACUGGUAUCUCGAAUAUUUCCUUCAUAAAUUGAGCAUGUGCAAAAUAACUUGCUGUCCGUACGAAAAGUCGUUCAUCAUGAGUCAAUGCACUAAUGACAUGGCGCCAGUUUUUAAUCCUCAAGAGUACGCGGAUUACACCGAGCUCCGAGCACUGGUGUCGUUGUUAGGCCCAUACGGUGUUCUCCACUUCAAAAAAAGACUGGCAUCAGCUUUGGCUGAAAUUUUGAUGUUUGUUUUGCCAAACACCGACGACAUCUGCUUUGAACACUUUCAGAACCUGGCCUUGCAGUUUCGCGAAGUACUGCGUGCAGUGAAAUGUGACUUUAAAAAUGCCGACAAGUGCAAGCAACUGCUUACCUGCUAUACAAUUGACUGUGAAUUAUGCGAGCUGACGAUGCAUUUGAAGGACUUUCGUUUAGAUCCAAACGAGGUGAAAAACAAACAAGUUGACAUAUGUACCAACGUCCUGCAAAGAAUGUGUAUCAUUGGUGAAGUAAUCUACUUUAAAGCGCUGCUGCAAGAGGCCCUGUUAGAGAUGCUUGCCAACGAAAGCCCCGUCCUCAUCGAAUGUGUAGAGGACAUCAAAAGAGAGACGCCGUGUGAUCAUCCAGAUAUCAUGUUUCACGUGAUCCUGCCAGACAGAAUUUUUCAGGCUAUUUAUGAAAUGUGUUCUGCUACUGGAAUGAAUUGUCCGGUGGACACUGAUGUCCUGGCCGUUGCUGAAAAGGAAACCCAAGAUGUUGGCGAGGAGGACCGCUUGCUCAAUGCAUUGACGAUGACCCUGAUGGCUUGUUCGUUGGUGAAGAUAGCAGCGCCUGAUGCGGACACGAAAACCAUGCUUCCUGGAAUAUACCGAAAUAACUAUAUAUGCGUCGCAAAGGCGGUGAACACGAUCGUCAACGUUCUCUUCUGCAAGUUGGGUCAGAGUGAAAUCAGGAAAAGUUUGGAAGAAUUUCUUACGACCGCCAUCAGCUGCACGUACAAUAUCCGAGAAAUCGCUGGUCCUGUGGCUCAAAAAAAUCCAGACGUUAUUUAUGCCAUUUUGGAUCAGGGCGUUGAACUCAACUCGACGAAACCGACAGGCCUCGCGUUCAAGCCCCGGUCUGGAUCACUUAUCGCUCUUCUACGGUUGAUAAAUGAGUACUACCCUGUGGGUAGGAAAAACGACACUACACGUUGCGCCUGCCAUUUUUACAUUUUGCAUUUUGUACAUUUUGCUUUUUACAAAUAUGGCACUCGUAGCAGGUGAUG